AUGAAACACAACAAACAGUCUAAUAAAAUAUUUGAAAAGAACGUGAAUCUAAUUAAAUCGGAAAAAGAUCUUGAAAAACUGGUAAAAGGAAAUGAAUGGGAUCAAACGAUUUCUAAAUUACAAGUUUCGGAAUAUUAUAAACAAAAACUCCAAACAAUUAGACGAAACUGUUAUACAAAAUUAAAGAAAAAAUAUGAUAACGAUAAAGCAAAAGUAAUUAAACAAGAAGUAAUUGAAGAGACUAAACAAUAUUCUAAAAUAGAGUAUACCAUCAAUGAUAUUGAAACAGAAUAUCUUAUUAAACAAGAAAAUGAGAAAAUACAGUCUCGUGUUGAUGAAACAGAACAAGAUAUACGUCGAAACAAAGCUGAAGAUCAAAUUGAGCGUCAUGAUAUUAGUAUGGGAGAAAUCGCUAAACAGUCGGAUAUGAAAGAAAUUGAAUUUGCAUCGAUUGAUAAUGAACAAGAUGUUAAAUAUCGUUUAGAACAAAUUGGUGAUAAGCAAAAAACUGUCGAUAAUGAUUCAGAAAUGAAAGAAAUUGAACAAGAAACUGUAUUAUCAAUGGUCGACGACGAUUCAGAAAUGAAAGAAAUUGAACAAGAAACUGUAUUAUCAAUGGUCGACGACGAUUCAGAAAUGAAAGAAGAAAUUGAAUUACCAAUGGGCGACACCGAGUCAAAGAUAAAAGAAAUUGAAUAUUAUGAAUCUGAACGAAUACAAACAGCUGAUAUGGAAGGAAUUGAAUUUCCAUCUAUCGAUAAUACUUCUGAUAUGGAAGAAGUAUUAAUACAUUUUCAACUUAAUGAGGAUGAUAUACGUUAUACAAAUUUCAUGAAAGCUCAAGAAUUAUACACCGAAAUGUUCAAUGAUCCACAAAUAGAACGAUUACGAGACGAACAAUAUUGGUCUAUCGAGAUUGAUAAUCUUAAUUAUGAUCAUCUUCCUAUACAUUUCAAAAAAAGAAUGCAUGAACUCCGCCAGUGGACAUAUUCUAAAAAAGAAAAAACAUGA